UGAGCAGGGAGCAGGGUAUCACACACACACACAGGCAGGUCUGAUCCGGACCUCCCGGGGCAGGAGCUUCCAUCUUUCGCCACUUUGUGAGACGACGCGAGAGAGGGUGAGGACCGGGAGCGAGAACAUCGAGCGGCGCCUCGACACUGUGAGAGGUUUGCCAUCCAUCUCCGACAAAGCAAUGGCGUCUCUCAACCUCAGCGCGGCCCUGAACGUCAGCAACUCCACCUCGUGUCCGGAGGGUGUGUUCUGGGGCUGGCUCUACACCUUCUUGCCCGCCUACAUCAUGGUGGUGUGCGUGUCCGGCCUGCUGGGCAACAUCUUUGUGUUGCUGGUGCUCUGCCUGCACAAGAACCGCUGCACGGUGCCCGAGAUCUACCUGGUCAACCUGGCGGGUGCCGACCUCCUCCUGUGUACCUGCCUCCCCUUCUGGGCGCUCAACAUCGCCCACCGCUUUGCCUGGCCCUUUGGAGAGCUGCUGUGCCGCUGUGUCAACCUGGCCAUCUACUUGAACCUGUGGAGCAGCAUCUACUUCCUGGUGAUGGUCAGCGUGGACCGCUACCUGGCCCUGGUCAAGGUCCUCAACCCCGGCCGCAUCCGCACCCGUUCCUGUGCCAAGAUCAACUGCUGCCUCAUCUGGGUCUUCAGCCUGGUGAUGAGCAGCCCUGCCUUCAUGUUCCGCCGGGUGGUCCAUGUGCCCCACCUCAACAUCUCCGCCUGCCUGCUCAAGUAUCCCAACCCGAUCUGGCAGCGAAACUCUGAGAUCGUCUUCCUGGUGGCCAUCUUCUUCAUCCCCGUCCUGGCCCUCACCUUCUUCACCACCAGGAUCCUGGGCGUGCUGAGGAAUGACCGGAUGCAGGUCUUCAAGCAGGUCCGCAAGGAGAGCAGGGCGGCCACUCUCAUCCUGGUGGUGCUCUUGGCCUUCCUCAUCUGCUGGGUCCCCUUCCAGAUCUUCCGAGUCCUCAACCUCUUCUACGAUGCCAAGAUGCUGAGGGGAUGCGGGUGGGGAAUAGCUAUGGCCAACGGCAACAUGAUGGCCACCUUCCUGGGCUGCACCAACAGCUGCAUCAACCCCGUGCUCUAUGUCAUGGUGGGCAGGCAGUUCCGCAACAAAGCCAGGGAGUUCUACUCCCAAUGCGUCACCAGGCGCCAGUCACAACUCACCUCCAGGGACAUCUCCAUGACCCACAACACCCCCAUCUCCACGCUGGAGAGAAGAUCGUCGCUGCACAUAACACAACGGUGAAAUGCAUGGAUAGAGUGGAUGUGGAGAAGAUGUUUCCACUGGUGGGAGAGAGAGUCUAGGACCAGAGGUCACAAGAGCCUCAGAAUUAAAGGGCGCUCUUUUAGAAAGGAACCGAGGAGGAACUUCUUUUGGCAGAGGGCGGUGAAUGUGUAGAAAUCAUUGAAGAUCAAACAGUAUUGCUGAAGGUAACCAGUCCCAUAUCCCUGCAGGCGCCAUAGCCUAAAAGUGGAAUAACAUUGCUGUGGACACAUAGAAUGGCAACCUGUGUGUUUGAUCCCCUAAGUGGCACCGUAGCGUCACAUUACCCACCGUAUCCACCUCGCUUCCCCCGUAUGUGAGAAGAGUGGUGGGUUUUAAUAGCUCUGUGUUCCUCAGGCCAUUGAACUGUUCCCGAGCAGAAUAUUGCUUAUUUUUUUAUUUUUGAUCAUAUCAGAAGUGGGAUGAUGUUUGAUCAACUCCUUGCCACAGAGGGCUGUGGGGGCCAAGUCAGUGGAUAUUCUUAAGGCGGAAAUAUACAAAUUCUUGAUUAGAACGGGUGUCAAGGGUUACGGGGAGAAGGCAGGAAAAUGGGAUUAGGAGGCAGAGAUCAGCAAUGAUUGAAUGGCUGUAUUAGACUCGAUGGGCCGAAUGGCCUAAUUCUACUAUGAUUCUGGUAGACCGGGCUGGACAGCCACAAUGUCAGGGUGGAAAUGUCAAAGACUGGGAGGGCACUUCAUUGAGGCCAGAGGGAGAACGUUUAAAGGAGGCGGUCACGGUGGCGCAGCGGUAGAGUUGCUGCCCUACAGCGAAUGCAGCGCCGGAGACCCGGGUUCCAUCCCGACUACGGGUGCAGUAGGUACGGAGUUUGCACAUUCUCUCCCUGACCUGCGUGGGUUUUCUCCGAUAUCUUCGGUUUCCUCCCACACAACCUACAAGACGUACAGUUUUGUAGGUUAAUUGGCUUGGUGUAAGUGUAAAAUUGUCCCUAGUGGGUGUAGGAUAGUGUUGAUGUGCGGGGAUCGCUGGUCGGCACGGACCCGGUGGGCCGAAGGGCCUGUUUCCCACGCUGUAUCUCUAAACUAAACUAAACUAAGAUGCGGGGGCAAGUGCAUUACACACCUGGUGGGUGCCUGGAACGUGCUGCCAGGGGUGGUGGGGGAGGCAGAUACGAUAGUGGCAUUCAAGAGGUUUUUAGUUGGAUAUGCAGGGAAUGGAGGGGUAUGGAUCACGUGCAGACAGAGGAGAUUAGUUUUAACCCAGCAUUAUGUGCAGCCCGGAAAUUGUGGGCCGAAGGGCCUGUUCCUGUGCUGUACUGUUCAAUGUCCAUGUGAGGACCUGCCUUAACACCCGCCAGGGCUAGCACAGUGGCACAGCGGCAGAGUCGCUGCCUCACAGCGCCAGAGACCCGGGUUCGAUCCUGACUACGGGUGCCGUCUGUGUAGAGUUUGCACGUUCUUCCUGUGACCGCGUGGGUUGACUCCGGGUGCUGCGGAUUCAUCCCACAUUCAAGUGCGGGUUUGUAGGUUAAUUGGCCCUCUGCAAAUUGCCCCCUAGUGUGUAGGGAGUGGAUGAGAAAGUGGGAUAACACAGAACUAAUGUGAACAGGGUAACUUCUACAGGUGCACAGUAGAGAGCAUGCUGACCGGUUGCAUCGUGGCUUGGUUUGGCAACCUGAGCGUCCAUGAGCGGAAAAGAUUGCAACGAAUUGUGAGCACUGCCCAGUCCAUCAUCGGCUCUGACCUCCCGUCCAUCGAAGGCAUCUAUCGCAGUCGCUGCCUCAAAAUGGCUGCCAGCAUCAUCAAGGACCCAUACCAUCCUGGCCACACACUCAUCUUCCCGCUACCAUCAGGUAGAAGGUACUGGAGCCUGAAAUCUGCAACGUCCAGGUUCUGGAAUAGCUACUUCCCCACAGCCAUCAAGCUAUUAAACUCAACUCAAACAAAACUCUGAACAUUAAUAGCCCAUUGCACUUUAUCUGUUUAUUUAUGUGUGUGUAUAUAUAUAUAUAUAUAUAUAUUCGUUGGUAUAUGGACACACUGAUCUGUUCUGUAUUUAUUUAUGCCUACUAUAUUCUGUGGUGUAGAAGCAAAGCAAUAAUUUCAUUGUCCUAUCUGGCAUACAUGACAAUAAACUCUCUUGAAUCUUGAACCUUGAAAUAUUCAGAUAUGAAAUAGACUUUUGUGGAGCAUUGUGGAGGAUGGAAUUCCAUGGUUUGUUUCGUUGAGUUUACUUUAUUGUCACUCCACCAAGGUACAAUGAAAAGCAUUUUGUUGCGUGCUCUCCAGUCAGCGGAAAGACUAUACAUGAUUACAAUCAGGACGUCCACACUGUACAGAUACAGGAUAAGGGGAAUGACGUUUCGUGCAAGAUAAAGCCCAGCAAAGUCCGAUUAAAGGUAGUCUGAGGAUCUCGAGAAUGGUAGUUGGUAAUUCUAGACCACUCUCUAGUUGGUUAUAGGAUGGUUCAGUUGAAUGAUAACAGCCGGGAAGAAACUGUCCCUGAAUCUGGAGGUGUGCGUUUUCACACUUCUGUACCUCUUGCCUGAUGGGAGAGGGAGUGGCUUGGGUGCGACUGGUCCUUGAUUAUGCUGCUGGCCUUGCCGAGGCAGCGUGAGGUGUAGAUGGAGUCAAUGGAAGAGACGUUGGUUUGGGAUUGAGGCAAAUGAUGGCAUUCUUAAGGGAUUGGACAGGCUAGAUGCAGGAAAAAUAUGUUCCACGUGUUGGGGGAGUCCAGAACCAGGGGUCACACUUGUUUGUCCAGUAAAGUGACGGAGAGGAUAUUGGGCAGCCAGCGCCGAGUCUCGGCUACACCCACCGUCCUGCCAAUCCACUCCAGAGUUGACAGCGUGUUUGCAAACAGCAAUGGUGGAAUCUGGAGGAAAAAAAUAAUCACAGUGAAAUGCCGAGUGUUAGGCGGAGAGACUCAGAAGGUCAGGCAGCAUCUUCUGAAGAAGGGUCUCCACCCAAAAAUGUACCUAUCCAUGUCCUCCACA